CACCGUUAAUGCCGUGCGUUGCCAUGGCAAAGUUCUUCACGGCUCAACCCCUUAAUCCGAUGAUCAGCCCAUACCCUAGCCAAGGUUUGUGUGGGAUUCGGAUAUAAAAGGUAAACAUUUUAGGGUUUUGGGGGCCCUCUUUCGAUCUCAAAUUUGAGAUUUUUGGGGGAAAAAAGUAGGCUGGAAGAUUGAUACUAUGAAGUUAAGGAAAAAAGUCAAUGUCGACGACACGUGGGUCACCUUCAUUUUCUAAAAUUAAAGAAAAUGGCAAUCAAUGCACAAUGUUUAUGGAGAGUAAAAGUUGCACAUAUAGAACUACGGAAGUUAAAAAUGGCUGCAAAGGAAGCUACUGCUCUCCAAGAAGACAAAAUCAAGUUGGAAAAGGAAGUUGAAGAGCUCACUUUCCACCUGCAGCUUGAGAAACAAAUGAGUCUGACCUUGAGAAAGAGAUGCAGCUACAGUCACAGGAAAAUGUAUAGUUAAAGCCUGCCUUGGAAGAGAUACACCUCCAGUUCUAGGAAACAAAGGCAUUGCUAAUCAAGGAACGUGAGGCUACAAAGAAUGUGGCUGAGCAUGUUGCUGUCAAUGAAAGUGAGGCUACUAAGAAAGUGGCUGAGCAGUCUGUCACUUAGGAGGUCCCUGUUUUUGAUAAUGAGUUAAUGGCUAAACUCAAAGCAAAAAAUCAAGAAUUAAAGAACGGUUCGUUCAAUGGUGAUAUCAUUCAAGAGCAUUGUUCGUGAGAUUAAGGAAAUGAAAGGUGGAAUCUGUGGUGUAUCAAAGAAAGGUUCAGACUUGAAGCAUCUACAUCGCCAAUCGCAUAUUGUUCCCGAAGCCUUUACAGUAUUAGUUGAUCAGGUUCGUUGGGCAUAUUUGCCACCUGAAUUGCUUUUCGACAUAAUUAGGCUGGUAGAAGCUAGCGAAAUGUCCUGGCCUGCUAGGAGAAAUGCUAUUGCUUGUGCUUCGGUUUGUAGGUCAUGGAGGGAGCUCACAAAAGAGAUAGUCAAGACUCCAGAGCAAUGUGGGUUGCUAACUUUCCCCAUCUCUCUCAAGCAGAGGAAAGCUGUUCUCACAUAUAUUUUGAUUGCUGCUCAGUGAGUUUGGGAUUCAUAGCUAGUAGCAGGGAAGUUGAAUGGAGGAGGCUUAGGAUAAUUUGUGGACUGAGGAACAACAGAACUAGGAAUCUAUGCAAGGUGCUGAUCAUGACUGGAUCAUUGAUCUGCAAAGAAAAGUUGUUUUCACUUAGAAUAUUUUUAGGACAAGAGUCUUACACAGGUAUAGAUUAUAGAGUCUAUAGGGAAAUUUUUAGGGCUUAUUCAAGGUGGUAGACAAUAAAUAGUAUAAGAGUGGUAUGGGAUUUCCAUGGGGAUGCCUGGGACGUUUGUUGUAUUUUUUUCAUUUUAGGCCAUGUAUCUUGCAUUCUUUUUAGAAAUUUUAAAUGAAAUUACAUACUUCUU